CAGCUUUCUACAUCCCUGCGGUGUUACGUCUAAAGGCGAGAAAUGUGGGAUCGUCGUUAUCUCUUUUCUUUGUUUGUGGGACUGCUGGCAGGAGUGUUGCUCGUUCUCAGAAACACGAAAGCGGAUAACGAGACCUGUCUUACAACCAUUCUGUUUCGAGCGGUUUCUGAAUUGCAAGACAGAGUGAAGGCGAUAGAAAUGGAAUUACGCUAUUUGAAAAGUGACUUGAAUAGUGAAAAAGGAAACAGGAUUAAGUUGGAGGCGGAGGUUCAAGAACUGACAUCUCGGCUUGCAACAAACGCUGAAGUUUCCAACCAAAGCUUGACAAUGAUAAAGCUUGAAGUGGGUGACAUAAAAAGUCAAGUAGAGAGUGAAAGAGAAAAAAGGAUCAACUUGGAGAGCGCGAACAGUGAAUUGCAAGUAAUCACCAUUCAACUUCAGGGAGACAGCAUGCAUCUCAACCAGAGCUCAAUAGAAUUGAUGCAACAAGUAGAAGACGUAGAGCAUCAAUUGCAGCAGCAAAUCAGACAGUCCGCUCACCUGCAGAAUAUUUCGUCAGAAUUGCAAGAAGACGUUACUAAAAUGCAAGCAUCUAAUUCUAAUUUAACAGCAGCUGUUGCUCAAUUUCGAGAAGAUCUACAAGAUAUUGCUAAUGCAACGUCCAUGAUUCAUGAAAUCAACAAAAUACCAAGAUAUGCAGGUGAAAGUUGCACUGUUGAGAACACAGGCCAUAGGUUCUUGACACCAGACUUCAGCCAUCUUAUCGUGUGCGGUGGCUCAAAUUGGAAAUUUGUAAAACUCGAAACUUCAGCCGCAGGGAGCUGUAAAGAGCUGUAUGACAGUGGUCUACAUGGAAGCGAGCAUUCUAAGUCCUACCUACUAUUGGACAGUACGGGGGGAGCACUGUACGAGACAUAUUGUGAUAUGACUUCAGGAGGAGGAGGAUGGACACUCGUCGCUCGAGCACAUGGAAACAGUUCAGAGUGGGCUCCGGCUAGUCAAUACUGGUAUAACAACACGCUCAUUGCGCCGGAUACAGCAGCAGACGUUAGUGCAGUAAGUUCGAUGAAAAGCAAAGGAUGGCUUAGUAUCAAUGGACAGAAAGUGAAAGUGUGCUACAACGGAACUCACACCAAUUGUGCUGUGUUCACUCAUAAUCUUGGAAUAUCACUUUCUCAACUAUUCGCCAACAAUUUUGGGGUCACUGUUGCUGAGAAUUACGACUUUCGAACUCUUGAGGCUGCAUUUGGCGUCAUUCCUUCUUUCACCUAUUCAGCCAACCAUCAGUGGUGCGGACUGAACUUAGGAGAUGGAUGCGCCCACGGCACAAAUCCCAACGUGGCAGAACGGCACACAAUUUGUCGCAUCGGAUGCAUUGGAGACAACUCGGGGCAAUCGAUGUGCAGACUGGAUGACUAUGCUUUAGGAAUUGGAGUAAGCAGCUGCUAUGAUGGCUACGAUUGUUAUGCGACUGGAACGACAACAGAAAAUUUGCAUUACCGAGAUUGGCUCAAUUUUGGAUUUUUCCCGCAAACUGCAUUCAUAUAUAUGCAGUAGCGAAGAACAAUGUUUUGGCCAGGACAGCUAAUGUGUCUGUGUUUUUUCAUUUUUGUCUGUGAGCUAGCUGUUUUAGUAAGCUUAUGUAGUAGUGGUUUGCCAUUCCACCUGAGGAUGUUUGCAGCAUCUGUAUUGAGCUAGUAGCACCAUGCAGUCGCCAUUGCAAAAGUGGUAUUGUUUGUAUGCC